AUGUGGAGAAGGGAGGUGAAUGGGCCUGGCAUGGAAAGAGCACACAGUAGGUACCCUCUGACUUGGCUACGUGUGGCUCAGAGAACAUGGAGGAAGCUCCCCCAUCUUUCAGAAGGCCUGAGUGUCUGUCCUGGGCUUUUUGUUUUAGUUUUUGUGUCCCUGGCCCAAGGCUGCAGCGGGCAGGGAUCUCAGUUCAGAGUGACUGUCCUCAGCCAUGUCCUACUCUGUGGUAGGCUCACAGAGGGUGCUGGGUACUAUGCAAGGGAGCCUGUUGCCUCCUCACCACAACUGGAACAGAUCAAGAGUCACCAGCUCCGCUGA